UACUGACGUUACAGGCGUGAUUCAGAAAUUAGGGAGAGAUUUUAAUUAGAGAACAAUGGAUACACUUUUUCAAUGCCAGUUAACAAUAUUAUACAUUUACAUUACAUUUAAGUGAUUUAGCAGACGCUCUUAUCCAGAGCGACUUACAAAUUGGUGCAUUCACCUUAUGACAUCCAUUAUAGUUAUCACGUUUCACAUUGUAUUUAUCAACUACAAAAAGGGAGACGCCGGUGACAUUAGACCAGUGACCCAUGACUCAACAUAUAGUUGGAUACCCUUUAACCCUGAUGGCACCCCGAACGACAUCACCCAGGUCAACAAAAGCCAGGCUAACAUCCCUCAGGCCAAUGACAGUCAGGCCUCCGUCACCCAGGCCAACAUCACCCAGGCAAACGUCACCCAGGCAAAAUACAGGCAAACUGACGUGUCCCAGGCCAACGUCACCCAGGCAAACUACAGUCAGACUGACGUGUCCCAGGCCAACGUCACCCAGGCAAACUACAGGCAGACCGACGUGUCCCAGGCCAACGACAACCAGGCCAAAGUCUCCCAGGUGAACAACAGCCCAGACAACAUCACACUCAGAUACCCCCCCUGACUCCGGAUGACACUGUCACCCUGAACUCAAUCUCAGUUGACUCCCUAUCCCUCCCGACAAAUGGAGGAAGAAGGAUGAAGAAGACAUGAAUGUUUAGUGCCUUGGAGCAUUUUCACAAAUCCACAUCUGAUUCUGAUCUUUGUGUUUAGUACCUUUAUUGGCACUAAAAUAUGUAAAUUAAAAAUGAAACAAAGUCUUGCUCUAACAAAUCUUGGUAGCUGCCUGAGGUGGGUGUAGGAACAGUGAAAAUAUACUAAGAUGACGUUUUUAGAUCAGAAGUAGUUGAGUACAUAAGGCUCCUUAACUGCAACAGAGUGAUACUUCUGAAGAUGUAAGAUCUGUUGGGCAGUAUGUGAAGGUGCACUCAAGAACAGUAUUUCCCUCCCUUGUCUGUCUCUGAUAGCUGUCUCCCCUUCUCUUGGCUCUUUGAACUCCGUGGCUCAUUCAAUGCCUCACAGUUGCAUUCCCAAGCAGGAAAUCUGUAGAUCAUUGGUGUUUGUAGUUAAGGUCAUCUUGUCUUUUUGUAGUUGAAAGGGAACUUAGUCAUUCUGCUUUUGAUAUUGCAGUGUGCACAAUGAAAUAUGGCCAGUGAAGUCCGUGAUCGGGGAAAGGUUGGGCCAGGCAAGGCACAGAAAGAGAAAAUAAAUGUGAUCGUAAAACCUACUGUACGUAUUAUUGAAGAUCAUUGGCUGUUUAUAAGAAAAAUCACAAUGUCCCAUGAUUAGGACCUUGUGUUUUGUGCAAUCAUUUCACAUAGCCUGAGGAUGGUUUAAAUAAAGGUACAAGUACAGGCAUUUCACAUGAUUUCACAAAACACAGGGUCGUACCCAUGAUUUCCCAAUAGCAGUGGUACAUAAAGGUGACGGACCCCA